UUCAACAACAGCAGCUAGCAAUAGUUGCAGUAGCUUGCAACUGACAUUAUAUUGUCAAGAUUGGAGUUCAAUCCUUAACUAGGUCUUAAUUUUGUUAAACAAUUUAUUAAUUAAGCAGACACAGAUCCACUUACAUUAGUGUGUGUAUACAUUUUCGUACUGGUCCCCCGCGGGUAUCAAACCAACAACCCUCGCGUUGCGUGCGCCAUGUUUACCAACUGAGCUACACGGAACUAUUCUCACUUCAUGUAUCCUCAUGUAUUCAUAAUGUUCAUAUUCACAUGAAGCUACAGGUCUGCAUUAAACUAUUCUAACAGUAUGUAUUCAUAAUGUACAUAUUCACAUGUAGCUACAGGUCUGCAUUAAACUAUUCUAACAGUAUGUAUUCAUAAUGUACAUAUUCACAUGUAGCUACAGGUCUGCAUAGACGAAAGUUUUGGCUUUAAGAAGUCAGACAAAACAUAUUUCCUCAUCUUUAAAUGAAUAAACAAUGUAGUGAAUAUUUUUUCUAUACUGCGUUACCCAUUCCAGUCAGCUGACGGCGAUAUGCGUCUUCAGAUGGUGACGUCAUAUCUAGUGGACUAAUCGACACCGGAUGCUGUUUCAACAACACGGAUACUGACUCAUUCAACCACCUCCGUAGCCUGGUAGCCAACAUACAACCGAAAACAAGCUCUUUGGACCAUUUUUGUGUAUGUUGAUCUCGGUGUUUUUAACACAAUCCUCUUUACGUAUCUACUAUUUAACUUAAAGUAAUUUGCAUGUUAAAUGUACAAAUGUGUUGAUUAUACUAAGUCUAGCACUAAGCUUAUCGCUAAUGCUAGCUAGCCCGACCAUGAGGGCACUAAGCUACUCUCCUCCUGAUAAAGAAGAGGUCUGCUGGACGGAGAAAGAAACUAUGGGGCUGAACAUUGUCAGGAAAGAAGAGGAGGAGGAGGAUAUUACAGUAAAAGGAGAGGAAGAAGCUUUCAGAAUGAAAGAGGAGGAAGAAGAGGCUAUCAGUAUCACAUUGAAAGAAGAGGAGAAGAACGUUACAGUGAAAGAAGAGGAUGUUACAGUGAAAGAAGAGAAAGAACCUUUUAGAGUGAAAGAAGAGGGGAUAGAGGCUGUCACAGUGAAAGAAGAGGAGGAGGUAGAGGCUGUCACAGUGAAAGAAGAGGAGGGGAUAGAGGCUGUCACAGUGAAAGAAGAGGAGGUAAUAGAGGCUGUCACAGUGAAAGAAGAGGAGGAGAUAGAGGCUGUCACAGUGAAAGAAGAGGAGGGGAUAGAGGCUGUCACAGUGAAAGAAGAGGAGGUAAUAGAGGCUGUCACAGUGAAAGAAGAGGAGGUAAUAGAGGCUGUCACAGUGAAAGAAGAGGAGGGGAUAGAGGCUGUCACAGUGAAAGAAGAGGAGGUAGGCGCUUUCAGAAUGAAAGAGGAGGAUAUUAUAGUGAAAGAAGAGGAAGAACAUUUUAGAGUGAAAGAUGAAGAGGGGAUAGAGGCUGUCACAGUGGAAGAAGAGGAGGAGGUAGAAGCUUUCAGGAUGAAAAAGGAGGAAGAGGAGGCCAUAACAUUGAUAGAAGAAGAGGAGGAUGUUUUGGGAGAUGAAGGGGAGGAAGAGGAGACUGAAGAUCUGAUUAACACCAGAGAGGGACCUGACUCUCACUCUGACAGUGGAAAGAGUCCUUCAGGGGGACCAGACCCAGUGACACCCAAACCAGUGAGACAACACCACUGCUCCCAAUGUGAAAAGAGAUUUUCUCAAUCAUGGGCCCUAAAACGGCAUGAGAGGACACACACAGGUGAAAGGCCUUUCCAAUGUUCCCAGUGUGGAAAGAGUUUUACUUUGUUAGGAAACCUGAGGGAGCACAAGAGAAUACACUCUGGAGAGAAACCGUACCACUGUUCCCAGUGUGGAAAGCGUUUCGCCUGGUUAGGGAGCCUAAAGCAGCAUGAGAGGAUACACACAGGGGAAAAGCCUUUCCAAUGUUCCCAGUGUGGAAAGCGGUUUACCCGCUUAAGGAGCCUGAAGGAGCAUGAGAGGAUACACACAGGGGAAAAGCCUUUCCAAUGUUCCCAGUGUGGAAAGCGUUUUACCCAGUUAGGGACCCUAAAAGAGCAUGAGACAACACACGCACAAGAAAAGCUCUACCAAUGCUCCCUGUGUGGAAAGAGUUUUAUCAAUUUAAAACAUCUGAAUAAGCAUGCAAGAAUACAUACACAGGAGGAGAAGACUUACCACUGCUCUCAGUGUGGAAAGACAUUUUCCCAGUCAGAGGACCUGAAAUCACAUGAGAGAAUAGAGGCGCUGUGUUCUGACUUAUGUUUUUGACCUAAGAAUUUAGGUUUUUGUUUAUGCCAAAUGAAAUCAUAUUGUUUAUAUGAAAUCAUUAACAAAAUAGACCUACUUUUGUUUAAGUUUUCAUCUGGAGAUGAUAAAUACUAUACAAUGUGUUUUGAUUAUGAACUUUAAUCCAUUGCAUACAAGUAUAAACCCUCUAAUAUUGUUCAUUAUGUUUUUGGGAUAUUGCUAAAUGUUAAUGAUUAUAUAGAUGAAUGGAGUUUUGCAUUUCUUGAUUCUAACCUUAAACCUCUUGGAUUUGGCUUUCGCUAAAUGAAUUUGAUUGAAUACAUGAUUUAGAUAUUGCACCAUGUAUAUUAUUGAAUAGAUUAAUAGAAAAUGCAUUUCUUGAUUUUAGUCGUUUUGUUUCAUUGAGUUAGUUUGUUUACUAGUCGUCAAGCUAAAGGACUAUGACAAUGUGAUGGUGUUUUUAUAAUAAAGUUAUUGACAUGAAAAA